UUGGUGGGGAAGAUGUGGGAAGCAGAUCUCGCUUUCAACCUCCGGCACAAACCAGCGGGAGCUGCGGUCACACCACCUUGGUUUGAUUUCCCAGGACCUUGCAGCAGCACAACUGUGAGGUCCUGACAGCGAUGGCCAACCUGACAACUCCUCCAUCCUGGCUGCGAGCCCCCAACAGCUCCUUGGAGCCCGGCGGAACGGAGGACGCCGCCUACAAGUGCACGUUUGAGGAGGACUUCAAGUACGUCCUGCUGCCCGUCUCCUACGGCAUCGUCUGCGUGGUGGGGCUCUGCCUCAACCUGCUGGCCCUCUACGCCUUCCUCUUCAGGCUGAAGACCUGGAACGCCUCCACCACCUACAUGUUCAACCUGGCCAUCUCCGACACCCUCUACGUGGUCUCCUUGCCCCUCCUGGUGUACUACUACGCCGUGGGGGACAACUGGCCCUUCAGCGUGGCCUUGUGCAAGGUGGUCCGCUUCCUCUUCUACACCAACCUCUACUGCAGCAUCCUCUUCCUCCUCUGCAUCAGCGUCCACCGCUGCCUGGGCGUCUGCUUCCCCCUCAAGUCCCUGCAGUGGGGGCAGGUGCGCUACGCCCGCCGGGUGUCGGCGGCCGUCUGGGCGGUGACGGUGGCCUGCCAGUCCCCCGUGCUCUUCUUCGUCACCACCAGCCUCAGGAGGGGCACCACCACCUGCCACGACACCUCCAGCAAGGAGCUCUUCGGCCAGUUCGUGGUUUACAGCUCGGUGAUGCUGGUGCUGCUCUUCUGCAUCCCCUUCCUGCUCAUCAUCGUCUGCUACUGCCUGAUGGCCAGGAGGCUGCUGCAGCCCACCCGCGGGAUCUCGCGCCUCUCCCGCUCCAAGAAGAAGUCAGUCAAGAUGAUCAUCAUCGUCCUGGUGGUCUUCAUCGUCUGCUUCCUGCCCUUCCACGUCACUCGCACCCUGUACUACUCCUUCAGGAGCUGGGACUUGAGCUGCCAGACCCUCAACGCCAUCAACUUGGCCUACAAGGUGACUCGGCCCUUGGCCAGCACCAACAGCUGCUUGGAUCCCAUCCUCUACUUCCUGGCAGGGCAACGCUUUAUGAAGUUCAGAGGCAACAAAAUGCUCUGGAAGCCCCAGAACGAGGUGGCGUUGGGGGUGGUGCCCAACAGCCACCUGGCAAGCAGCAACACCACGGGCACCUUGUCCAAGGAGGUGAAGUCCUAGCUCUGCCCCCC